CAGCUGACCCAGUUGAUGACCAGUGAGAAUCAAACGAUGGUGACUGAGUUCCUCUUCUCUAUGUUCCCACAGCUGCAAGAAGGUGGUCUCUUAUUAUUCAUCCCUUUGCUUCUCGUCUAUGCAUUCAUCCUAACUGGGAACUUAAUGAUAUUCAUUGUUGUCCAGUUGGAUGUAGCCCUACACACGCCCAUGUAUUUCUUCAUUAGUGUCCUCUCCUUCCUGGAGAUCUGGUACACCACAACCACCAUCCCCAAGAUGCUCGCCAGCCUCAUCAGUGAAAAGAAGACCAUAUCCCUGACUGGCUGCCUCCUGCAGAUGUACUUCUUCCACUCACUGGGUAUCACAGAGGGCUGUGUCCUGACAGCAAUGGCCAUUGACAGGUUCAUUGCUAUCUGCUAUCCUCUCCAUUACCCCACCAUCAUGACUCCCAAACUUUGUAUCCAGCUGACAACUGGAUCCUGCCUCUGUGGCUUUCUCCUUGUGCUUCCUGAGAUUGCAUGGAUUGCCACUCUGCCCUUCUGUGGUUCCAACCAGAUCCACCAGAUCUUCUGUGACUUCACCCCUGUGCUGAGCUUGGCCUGCACAGACACAUCCCUGGUGGUCAUUGUGGAUGCCAUCCAUGCUGUGGAGAUCCUGGCCUCCUUCCUGGUAAUCGCCCUGUCCUACCUCCGGAUCAUUAUGGUGAUUCUGGGGAUGCCCUCCUCGGAGAGUCGGCGCAAGGCCUUUUCCACUUGUUCGGCCCACCUGGCUGUGUUCUUGCUGUUUUUUGGCAGUGUGGCUGUCAUGUAUUUGAGAUUCUCAGCGACAUACUCAGUAUUCUGGGACACAACAAUUGCUGUCACUUUUGUUGUCCUGGCUCCUUUUCUCAACCCCAUCAUCUAUAGCCUGAGAAACAAGGACAUGAAAGAUGCCAUUGGGAGACUUCUCAGCCAGCAAAGGGGGACUAGGGGCGCUGGGAGAUAG